AUGGCGGCUACCGGUGCUAAGCAGACUGCAGAGGACAUGGCGGCCUUGCUCCUAGUCAUCAAAGAGGCCAACAAGCUCAUGAGUAAGCGCAAGUACGAAUGUAAACACCGACGGGCACUGACAAAAGCAGAAGUACCAAAGUCGACCCUCCUCCGCGUCACCCCAGAGCACGAGAAAAAUGCCACAGACCUAGUACAGGGCAUUCGCAGCAUGGUCGAUGAGUACAGAGGCGAAGGGGACUCACCGCCGGAGUUCUGGCCGUACUACGACUUCUUGAGGGACGCGAAGUACAUUGCCGACUUUCCUGGUGGUCUUGAUAAGGCGAUGGAUCUGGUGAAGGAGUUCGGUCUCGAGUAUACUGAAAUGUGCGGCCUGUACGGAGGUGACCACCCACCAAGCCGUGGAGAAAUGGAUUAUGACAGUACGAUGUUGCUCUUCUACCACACCAAGGUCACCGCUUGGACGUCCACACAGCUUUUGGAGUGGGAGCUCGACCUGGACGUUGAGGGUCUGCUCACUGGCGAUCCAGCAGUGACACGAAAGACUGGUGGAAGUUACCAAUCCAAUCGACCACCAACACGUCACUUCUACUACGGUCAUUCAAUCACUAGAGGCAAUAUCGAAGCCAAGAUGUGGCCACAUACCCUGCGUUAUCUCAAAGCCUUGCAUGCUAAAAAGAUCGCUUGCAUCGUGGUUCCCAAAGUGGCCGGACAUCGACUGAGCGUGGAGCUGGUGGACAUGAUCAUCGAAGUGUCUUAUGACAAGGCAUUCACUGAUACGCCGCUUGCUAUCUCGGCCGCGGACAACGAUGAGAAGCAUCGUCGCUAUCGCGAGGAGUAA